GCCCCCCGGGCGGGCCCCGCUCAUUGGCGCGGCUGCCCCUCCAGGACCAGCACAUUGUUCCCCGCCCCCGCCUCGGCCACCGCCACCGCCGUCGCCGCCGCGCCACCGGGCUAUAAAAAGCGGCCUAGCCCAGAAAGGUGCGGAUGCUUAUUAUCCAUCAGCGCCCGGAGCCCGGUUCUCCGCUGCGGCUUUGGGGAACGAGCUCCGCGAAUAGCCUGCCACAGACCCCGCGGGAGCUGCAACUCUCCCUCUGGGCCAUGGACUCGGACGCCAGCCUGGUGUCCAGCCGCCCGUCGUCGCCAGAGCCCGAUGACCUUUUCCUCCCGGCCCGGAGCAAGGGCAGCGGCGGCGGCAGCGCGUUCACGGGGGGCACCGUGUCCUCGUCCACGCCCAGCGACUGCCCGCCCGAGCUGAGCGCCGAGCUGCGCGGCGCCAUGGGCGCGGCGGGCGCGCACCCCGGGGACAAGUUGGGCGGCGGGGGCGGCGGCUUCAAGUCCUCCUCAUCCAGCACCUCGUCGUCCUCCACGUCCUCGUCGUCGGCGGCGGCGGCCGCGUCGUCCACCAAGAAGGACAAGAAGCAGAUGACGGAGCCCGAGCUGCAGCAGCUGCGCCUGAAGAUCAACAGCCGCGAGCGCAAGCGCAUGCACGACCUCAACAUCGCCAUGGACGGGCUGCGCGAGGUCAUGCCCUACGCGCACGGCCCGUCGGUGCGCAAGCUGUCCAAGAUCGCCACGCUGCUGUUGGCGCGCAACUACAUCCUCAUGCUCACCAACUCGCUGGAGGAGAUGAAGCGCCUGGUGAGCGAGAUCUAUGGCGGCCACCACGCCGGCUUCCACCCGUCGGCGUGCGGCGGCCUGGCGCACUCGGCGCCGCUGCCCGCCGCGCCCGCGCACCCCGCGGCCGCCGCCGCCGCCGCCGCCGCCGCGCACGCCGCGCACCACCCCGCCGUGCACCACCCCAUCCUGCCGCCCGCCGCCGCCGCCGCCGCUGCCGCCGCCGCCGCCGCCGCCGUGUCCAGCGCCUCCCUGCCCGGCUCGGGGCUGUCGUCGGUGGGCGCCAUCCGGCCCCCGCACGCCCUGCUCAAGUCCCCCGCGGCGGCGGCGGCGGCGGCGGCGGCGGCGGGCGGCCCGCUAGGGGGCGGCGGCGGCGGCGGGGGCGGCGGCGGCGGCAGCGGCGGCUUCCAGCACUGGGGCGGCCUCCCCUGCCCGUGCAGCAUGUGCCAGGUGCCGCCGCCGCACCACCACGUGUCGGCCAUGGGCGCCGGCAGCCUGCCGCGCCUCACCUCCGACGCCAAGUGAGGCGGCGCCUUCCGGCCGGCCCGGGCUUGGGGGCUGCGGGUGCGCGGGGCUGAGCCGCCGCGGGACUUGGCGGGCGCCGCCGACUCCCGGGGGGACGGAACCCAGCGAGAUGGGGGGGAGCGUUUCCUCGGCCACCACCGGGGUCCGCCCAUUGUGGCUUUAAAAACUGCGGUGGACACCUGGCCGCGUCCGGCGCCGCCGCGCGCAGCCCUCCCUCCCUCCCUCCACGUCACCCCGCACGACUCCAGGUGAUUCCUCAGUCGGGGUUUCCCCCACCCCAGGUCCCCUCCAAACGGCGCCUUGCUCGACCCAGGCUGCACUCCGUUACAAGGGGGAGAGAGGGAGGGGCACCGGGGAGUUCCUCGCCUUCCUUGGCGUACAGGAGGCUUGGGGUGGGGGUGCCACCCUCUAGGCCCAGCACCCCAUCCCAUCCAAACCCACCCCGUGGCGCCCCCAGGCCCUGGGCCAGGGAGCGCGGGUUCCUUGGCAACUGGCAUUGGGUUCCAGAGCACUUAGGGAUGGUCUCGGUGACCCCAGCAGCAGCUGGAAACGGGCCCCCUCUCUUUGGAGUCUUUUUUUUGUUGUUGGGGGGAGGGGAUGGGAGGCUGUGUUCUGAUCGAUCUGUCGUCGAAAAAAAAGAAAAAGAGAGACGGUCCUUUCUUCAACAGUUCAGGCGAACUCUCGCAACCGGUCAGAACAGAACCACUUGUGGAUUCGGAAUGACUUUGCAGAGAUGUGUGGACUUGAUGGGGAGGGGGGACUGGGGUGGUUUUUUUUUUUCAGUUGUUCAAUAGAUUCUUGGGCCCUCCUGCUUUCCUAAGUACAAAGUAAUUUGGUUUCUUACCCGAUGCGGGGUGAAAGUCACUUUGGCACCUGACAGUUUGGCUGAACGCCGGAGGCCCGCGUCUGUGAAUAUAGAUUGGGGGUGUUUCUUUUACUUUGUGAUUUUUUGAGGGGGCGUUCUGUUGCCUUUUCAUGUUUUCCUUGGAUAUGUAAAUAUAAUAUCAGUGAUGAGGUAAGUACGCUGCUAAGCUCACGUAUGCCAGCUCCCACCCCCACCCCAGGUCUAAGUGGGUUUUCCUCCAUAUUCAUUUCUUUUCUUUUUUUUCCCUUUUUUUUGCCACAAUUAACACAAAUGACAAACUCCUCCACAUGCCCCCGUUGGGCCCCAGGCACUGUGAGUUGCUUGGUAGCACCGACCACAGUAACAUGUGACCCCCCUUCCCCCCCAGCCGACCCCUCGCACAGAGUGUAUCAUCUGUUUUAUUUUUGUAAAGAGAAGAAAAAGUGCUAAAUAAUAUUUAUUACUUGUUUGGUUGCAAAAACGAAAUAAAUGAUGGAGUGUUGAGAUUUCACA